GGUGCCGAUGUCAACGCGCAAGGCGGCGAGUACGGCAACGCUCUCCAGGUUGCUUCUUAUAGGGGCUACGAAGAGGUCGUUAAGAUUCUACUCGACAAGGGUGCCGACAUCAAUGCGCAGGGCGGCUACUAUGGCAACGCCCUCCAGGCUGCUUCCUCUAAGGGCUACGAGAGAGUAGUUCAGAUUCUACUCGAUAAAGGUGCCAACGUCAAUGCACAGGGCGGCUACUAUAGUAAUGCUCUCCAGGCCGCUUCACUCAGAGGACAUAAGAAGGUAAUUCAGAUACUUCAGAAUAAGGCCGAGGGCUUGGUAGAGAAGACAAGCCGGGUAGCAGUAAUCGAAAAAGCCGCGAAGCGUUCCUCAUCCCAGGCGGAAAUUAGUAGAGAUGUGUGGAGCUAG